CUGCCGCUGUCCCCGCCUUCUUCCCUCCUGGCCGUUCCCACACCGCCGCUGGAGGAGCGGCUUGGGGAGCUGCUGUCGCGGCUGAUCGAGCUCAAUGAUACCCCGAAAGAAGUUAAAGGGUCUUGUAGCUGCUACCAUCACUCCAAUGACUCCGGAUGGAAAAAUUAAUCUCCCGGUGAUUCGUCAAUAUGUGGAUUAUCUGGUAAAUGAGCAGAAUGUGAAGAACGUUUUUGUGAAUGGCACAACAGGAGAAGGACUGUCCCUUAGCAUCCAGGAGAGGAAGCAAUUGGCAGAAGAAUGGAUGUGCCAGGGAAAAGACAAAUUGGACCAUGUGAUCAUUCAUGUGGGAGCACUGAAUCUGCCAGAGUGCCAAGAGCUGGCAAGACACGCAGCAGCCAUAGGUGCUGGUGGCAUUGCUGUCAUAGCCCCCUUCUUCUUCAAACCCACAAACAAAGAUGAGCUGGUUGCUUUCUUACAGAAGGUUGCAUCUGAAGCCCCUGAGGUGCCAUUUUAUUACUAUCACAUUCCUCCUCUGACGGGUGUGAAGAUUCGUGUGGAAGAGUUGCUGGAUGGGAUAAAAGCACAGAUCCCCACCUUCCAGGGUGUGAAGUUCAGUGACACGGACCUCUUGGACCUGGCACAGUGCAUAAACAAGAACGAAACAGGGGACUUUGAAUUCCUUUAUGGGGUGGAUGAGCAACUGUUGGCUGCACUGGCAGUAGGGGCAAAUGGAGCAGUUGGAAGUACAUACAACUAUUUGGGCCGACAAACCAAUCUUAUGUUGCAAGCCUUUGCAAAGCCAGACUUUGCCUUGGCACAGCAGUAUCAGUUACUCACUGGGGAAUUUCUCAACUUUGUCAUCAAACUGGGUUUUGGUGUUGCACAGACUAAAGCUGUAAUGACUUUUGUUUCUGGCAUUCCCAUGGGACCUCCACGGCUUCCACUUGUUGAUGCCUCCAAUGAGUUCAUCGUCAAGGCCAAAGCCAAGCUGGACAGCAUUGUGUGGCCUAAUGGUGAUUGUUCAUAGUCAUGGAAUCAUUAAGGUUGAGAAAAACCUCUAAGAUCAUCAGGUCCAGCCAUUAACCUGACACUUCUGGGUCCACCACUAAGCCACAUCCCCAGGUGCCACAUGUAUGAUGUUGUUCACUUCCAUGUUGAUCUGGAGAUUCAUUUUCUGGGAUUCUCUGCCAUAUAGCACAUCUCCCACAUGAUGGGCAGAAUUUCUUUCUGUGAACUGGUAAUGUGCCAAGCCACUUGCUGUUCCAGCUGGCUUUGCUGGGGCACACGUGGCCUGACAUUUUACACUGCUCCCCUGGAGCUCUGCAUGUUCCAAGACUGGCUGGGAAUCUUUAAUAAAAAAAUAGCAAUUUUUCCCAGUUGGAGGAGAGGGCUGAUGACUUUUGCCUAGGAAGGAGGAAGAUCUGUGUCUGCCCUCUCUCAGCUGGAUGGUAUUUUGUUCUCUCCAUGAGGACACUACACUGUGGGUUUAAACAGUAUGACACCAUCAGGUUGCUCAGGCUGGUAUCUGUUCAUCAGAGUCACUGGGACAUGGUCUGUGCAUAUGAAAUCUUGCUUCUGUCUGAGCUCUGUGUUUAUACACCUUAACACAAAAUUUAAAAACUAAAUCCCUUUUGUAACAGCAAGAUUUGGAUCUCUAAUAAGUAGGUAUUUCUCAAUUUUUUUCUUUAGGACCAAAAUAAAGUCAUGAAUGAGCUGUGUACCUCCAUGUGGCAGUGCAGAAUGCUGUCAUGCAGGUUAGGAAGCCAUGGAAUCCUAGAAACCUAGAAUGGUUUGGGAUAGAAGGGACCUUAAAAUCAUCCCAUUCCAUCCCCUGCCAUGGGCAGGGACAGCUUGCACUAUCCCAGGUUGCUCCAAGCCCUGUCCAGCCGGGUCUUGGACACUUCAGGGAUGGGGAAGCCAACUUCUGCCAGGGUCUUACCACCCUCACAAGGAAGAACUUCCUAAUAUCCCAUGUGACUCUACCCUCUGGCAGUGGGAAGCCAUUCCCCCUUGUCCUAUCACUUCAGGCCUUGUCACAAGUCCCUCUCCAGCUGUCUUGGAGCCGCUUUAGGCACUGGAAAGGGUUCUAAGGUCUCAUAUGAGCCUUCUUUUCUCCAAGCUGAAUAUCCCCAGCUCUCCCAGCCUUGUCUCCAAAGCAGAGAACUCUAGCCUCCUUGAGGGACUCCUCAAGGCCUUCUCUGGACUUGCUCCUGAAAGAGUUAAAAGCAUUGGGCCUAGACAUACUUGGGCAAGAAUAAGAUUUAUCAUAACCUAUAUAGAAGCUAGCAAAUAUCAGGCCACAAGCUAAAAACACAGGAUGAAACUUGGCAAUAGGGAACAAAACUUGAAAUGUUUUGCAAUAAACAUAAAAUGAAGGACAAAGCUUGCUAAAACCAGUGAGGAACUAACUGAAACAGCUGCCAAGAGACAACACAUGCCUAGAGGAGAAAGGUGAAAAAAUGGUGAGGAAGACAUCAAGCCUUCAUCAAAGAACCACCAAGGAAAACAUGGAGCCUUUCUCAGUGUAACCACUAGGAUGCACUGCGCCUUUGCUUCGCGUAUGCUACUGAUAAUGAUGCGUGCUAAGAAAUAUUUUGCAUAACCACACCUUUUCUAAGGAAAACAAUGUGCAUAAAGUAUAACCAUAUAUUUUAAUUUGCUAUGUGCCUGGGUGUGCGCUGUUAGGAGGAGUGAUCCCAGCCCACUGAAUAAAGCAAAUACCCACUUCUUGGA